AUGGGCGGCGGACCAGACAAAGAACACGUCCUCAUCACCCUCUUCGACCCCGAACCCAAGGACAUCACCGGCGAAUUGAGGCGUCGGUUUCCGCAUUUCGAAGUGACAUAUGUCCAGGUGUCGCCGUCGAGAAAGGAUGCUGAGAAGGCUGGGAAUGAAAUAUCUGAUGACCUCUGGAAAUCCGCCACGAUUCUGAUCACACUGUUCACGCUUCCUGCCAAACCGGAAUUGGUUCCCAAGUGA